UUGGGAGUAGUGCCCGGGAGCAUCGACCUGCAAUCUCCGAGUGUGGAGUGGGUUUGGCUUGACUAUGUUUGAGACGGUGACAAUUUUGCCAAUAGGGCAGUCGAUUCAAGGAGUGGUCACGAGCGUGAGGCUGUGGAUGAACCAAGAGCUGCUGGACAAGCUCUCGAAUGUGGAGAUAGUGUCGAGCAACACGAUGGGGCUCGACAAGAUAAGAGGAACGAAAGGUGUGAUUUGGGUAAGAGCAAGAACUUCAAGUCAGGCUGUAGUUUGCAGUCGCUGGCUCCGGCGUGACAAAGUUUUGGACAGCGUGACCUGAGCAUGCCCUUCCAAAUGUCUUGAGAUUUGGUGCAAAUUGAUUACAAGCGGAGUUUCUGGGAUCAAUUCCUCGACCAAACUGUUCACUGUGAGCAGUGGUUGUCGUCGUCGUGAGCUUGAUGAGCAUCUUGCUCAAGUGUGCGUGCGUGGGGAAGCAAUAAUUUUGCUUUGUAUGGUGUGCAAGUCACACGGAGUCAUCACCUCUUCUUCUUCGUACUACUAUUGUCUCCGCUGACCCUGACUGUGAAUUGAUCUCGAACCUUCCGAAGAUAUCACUCAAUUUUUUCCUACGUUAUUUCUCAAACUUCUUGUUCAGGUCUACAAUACGUCAGUAUCACAUAUUCAAAUUCUCUGAAUUUAGCAGAAUUACGAGACAGUUCUUGUUUGAAAUUACCUUGUAUCUCAUUUCUGUUUCUAGCCUACUCUACCCCAACUUAAUCAAUUGUUGCUGCCCGUGUUGUUUUACACCUCCCCACGUCUACUGUGAAUUCGGGUUACGCUAUUUUUGCAACCUUGAUAUCUUUGAUAAUAUUCACCUUUGAACCUAAACCUGUCUCUCCACGCUAUUCAGUCUCAAGAGUGACGUUUUCUGAAUGCGUGGAAAUAUCGACCUG